AUGGCCUUUUUUUUCUUCUCAUGCGUGGGUCACGCCGUUUCGGGCAUAUUUCUACACAAAAAAUUUUGCGUCCACCUGCCUGAGACCCCACUUGGACCCAAUCAUGGACACCUGGAAAAGAUGUUGCAACUUCUAAAGGUCUGUGCAAGCAGCGCGGCGGUGCUUCAUUUUCCUCUCUUCUUUAACCAAAAACUCCGUCUUGUCAUUUUCGCAUGUAUUCUAUCUUCACUCGCCUUUCUUAUGGUCGAGGCAAUGGCGGUUACCUACAUUAGGUCGAAUUUAGACCUCCUCAUUGAAUUAUACAAAUCGGACUGGAAUUCAACGACGCGCUACCACGAGGGGGCCUUCGUUAGCCACAUCCACCAGAAGAGGUCAGUGUGCUGUGCGACCUGGAAAGCUAUGCAAAGCCCCUUAGUUGCUGGAUUUUUUCCCAAGCACUGGGCUCCAAGACAGUGCUGCGGUGUGUUUCAUCAAGCCGACUUUGUUGCCGAGUGCCUGAAAAGUAAAAAUGCUCUGCAAAAUUUCGAAGACUACUCGUGCUUGCAAAAGCGUCUAGGGGAUAUUUAUGCCACGUCCGGCUUUAUAUUCUUAUUCAACUUGAUCCUCGGUACUGGGGCACUUGCUUUGCCCAAGGCAUUUAAGGAUGCCGGGUGGCUAACUACCGGGAUUCUGCUUGCAUUCUUUGCUUUUAUGAGUUUUGUUCCCGCCACAUUUGUUAUCGAGGCUAUGGCUAUCCGUAAUGCUUUGAAAGUGUCUGAAGAGGUGGGAGAAGAUGCGGACGAGGAAGAACCCUUGACAACUACCAUGUCGAUCAAGGCAGAAGACUUCGAAAUUGAUCACAAGUAUGAAUUGGGUGAAAUUGUUCAAAAAUUCGCUGGCAGAAUCUGGGCUCUGGCAUUUUAUCUUAUCAUUUCAAUUUACAUGUAUGGUGACCUCAGUGUCUAUGCAGCGGCUGUUUCGAAGUCUCUUCGAGAUGUAACCUGGUAA